AUGUCCGUUAUAGUAGCAGGCGCAGACACGCUGUGGAGGGAGACACCUUUGCUGUUCUCUCCACACAUCUCCUCGCGGCUUGGAUGCAAUAUAUAUCUCAAAUUGGAGAAUUUGCACCCUUCGCACUCUUUCAAGUUCCGCGGCAUCUCGCACUUCAUUCAGCACGCGAUACGCACACACGGCCGUGGUGUACGCCUCGUUAUUGCCUCCGGGGGAAACGCAGGCCUCGCAGCAGCUUGCGCUGCCAAUACACUGAGUGUGCGAUGCAAGGUGUUCCUUCCAGAAGGAGCGAGCAGCUCGGUGCUCGAAUUCUUUGAGAAGGAAUGCGCUGAGGUCGUGAUAGAGGGAAAGUGCUACUUGCAGGCCUUGAAGAAGGCUGAGGAGAUGGUCAAGACAGAUCCCAACGCCGUCAUGGUACCUGCCUAUGAUGAUCCUCUCCUGUGGGAGGGACAUGGGUCAAUGAUUUCAGAGAUUGUGCAUCAGCUACCCAAAGGUACUAAGCCUGACGCUAUAUUCUGUAGCGUUGGCGGUGGUGGGCUGGCCGGAGGAGUGAUGCAUGGCUGUAAAUCUGUCGGUUGGGAUGAUGUGCCGUUGAUCACGCUGGAAACUCAUGGAUCCAAUUGCUUCCAUCAAUCUCUCGCCCUAAAUUCAACCAUGCCUCCCGCGACGGAUAUGAUCCCGAAUGAAGCUGAGAUCAAGCAUAUUGCUUCGCAUGGGGUGAAAGUGGCCCAUCUGCCAGUCCUCACGUCGCGUGCCUCGUCUCUGGGGGCAUCCUCUCCUGCGCCAGGCGUAGUAAGAAUGGCGCUGGAUCGAGAAGGGGGAAUCCGUAGUGUAUGUGUAUCGGAUGAAUUCGCAAUGUUGCUCAUGAUUGAAUAUUCUAAUUAUGGCUGGGCACCAACCAUUCGAAAAGAGGAGCACAAGAUGAUGGUCGAACUCGCAUGCUCGACCACUUUGACUCCUGCAUAUUCACCAGCCCUAUUUAAUAAGCUGGUUUCACGCACCGCAACUGGAGAGCCAAAAUCUGUCGUAUUUAUAGUUUGCGGCGGGUUCAAAAUAUCUCUGAAAGAGAUAGAGGAAUAUCGAGACAUCGCUGAAAGACAGCUGAAAUCCGAGGGAGCAUGGGACGUGGUGUGCGAUGGUGAAUGGUGGUCUAUAGAGUACAAAUGA